AUGACUAAAACUGAAAUCGAAGAGUUGGUAAGAAAUACAAUGGCAUCUACUCAAUCUCCGCCAGGUGACAAGUUGAAACAUCCUAGUCAAAUGGAACUAGGUAAAAUAUAUCAAGACCCAAAUUUGCAAUUGAAUGAUCAAGAAUGGUUGCAAGGCUUUGGUACUCUAGAGCGUCUUAAUGACAUGGCUGGCCUAUCUACUAUACAAACAGUAAUAGAUACAAUUACUAAAAGGGUAGUUAAUAAAUUCUCUUCCCUCUUACCUAAGAAAA